GCUGGCUUUCAUCAGUGCAGCACGCGGAGGGACAGCAGCAGCUCCUGGGCCAUAUGAUCUGUUCCAGCUCUGCAACAGCCAGCAGCACGGACCGGGACUCAGAGAUGAUCCUGCCACAGAUGGCAGAAGUGUGAGACAACAACGAAUGGCUUCCACAGGGAGUGGCCUCCGCAUCCGGGGGGAUGACAACCUCCAGUCCAUGCUUGUGGGGACGGUAAUGAGGAAAAUCAAGUCUCGUACCUGGAAGAAACAGCGCUACUUCAAACUGCAGGACGACUGCAUGACCAUCUGGUACAAGUCCAAGAAGGCCGGCAAACCCCACUCCACCUUUUCAGUGACCGAUGUGGAGGCUAUACGAGAGGGCCACCAGUCUGAGGUGCUGCUCAGCAUCGCAGAUGAGUUCCCAGCUGACCGAUGCUUUACCCUGGUCUUCCGUGGUCGCAGGGCCAACCUGGAUCUGGUGGCUGAGUCAGCUGACGAAGCGCAGUCCUGGAUCAGAGGCAUGAGGAAGCUGAUUGAGAACCUGGAGAACAUGGGGGAGCGAGAGAAACUAGACCAAUGGAUUGGUGACUGGUUCAGGAAGGCAGACAAGAACAACGAUGGCAGGAUGAACUUCAAGGAAGUGCAAGAUUUACUGAAGAUGAUGAAUGUGGACAUGAAUGAGCACCAUGCUCUUCGUCUCUUCACAAUGGCUGAUAAGUCCCAGUCGGGUACACUGGAGGACGACGAGUUUGUGCUCUUCUACAAGAUGUUGACCCAGCGGGAUGAUGUCCUGAGGGUUUUCCAGGAGUACUCGGUUGAUGGCCAGAAGUUAUCCCAGAGCGACUUGGAGGACUUUCUGAGGGAGGAGCAGCUGGAGGGGGACGACAUCCAGCAGCAUGCCAAGGAGCUCAUUGAGCGCUAUGAGCCCUCUGAUGCAGCCAAGCUGCUGAAUGCCAUGACAUUUGAUGGUUUCUUGAUGUACCUUGGCUCAGCUGAGGGCUCCAUCUUCAACCCACAGCGCCGGGGCAUCUUCCAGGACAUGAGCCAGCCUCUGUGCCAUUACUUCAUCUCCUCCUCCCACAACACUUACCUGAUGGAGGACCAGCUUAGAGGACAUAGUAGUGUGGAAGGAUACAUCAGGGCUCUGUGUCGUGGCUGCCGGUGUGUGGAAGUGGACUGCUGGGAUGGUGCCAACGGAGAGCCCAUCGUCUACCAUGGACACACUUUCACCUCCAAGAUACUCUUCAAGGAUGUGGUCAACGCAGUGGGAAACUAUGCGUUCAAGGUAUCGGAAUAUCCAGUCAUCCUGUCCAUCGAGAACCACUGCAGUGUUGAGCAACAGAGAGUCAUGGCCCAACACCUCAACCACAUCCUUGGUGACAAGCUACUGAAAAGCACAUUAGAUGGCAAGGCCCCCAUAGGGCUGCCAUCUCCUGAGGAUCUUAAGGGAAAGAUUCUGUUGAAGGCUAAGAAAAUUGGCGGUCUGGAGGAAAGUUUCAACGGGAUGGUGGAAGACUCUCUGACCGGAGAGUUCAGCGAUGAAGAUGAGGUGACUGAAAUUGACGAAGACAACCUCCACCGUGAGAGUGUACGCCGCAGGGUUAGGAGGUCAAAGCAACGUCUGUCCAAGGAGUUGUCAGACUGUGUUGUUUACUGCAAAAGCGUCCACUUCAGUAGCUUCAAACACUCUCGCAUCCACUCCAAGUUCUAUGAGGUGGCCUCUUUCACAGAGUCCAAGGCCCGCAAACACCUGAGGGAGGCUGGGGCCGAGUUUGUGCACCAUAACUCGCGGCAGCUGACCAGGGUUUAUCCCAGUGGCUUCCGAACUGAUUCCUCCAAUUUCAAUCCUCAGGAAAUGUGGAACGCUGGGUGCCAAAUUGUUGCGUUGAAUUACCAGACUGCUGGGGAGGGGAUGGAUCUGAACGAUGGACUGUUUAGUCAGAACGGCAACUGUGGCUACGUCCUAAAGCCCAGUUUUAUGAAAGAGGCGGAGAAAAGAUUUGACCCUGAGACGCCCCAAAAACGGGACGGCUACCAGCCUGUUGUCCUCACCAUACAGGUGAUCAGUGGUCAGCAGCUGCCCAAAGUCAACAUCAAAGAGGAUUCUAUAGUGGAUCCUCUGGUCAGAGUGGAGAUUCAUGGUGUUCCUAUGGACCAGGCCAAGCAGGAGACCAGAUACAUCGAGAACAAUGGGUUCAAUCCUGUGUGGUAUGACACUCUGCGCUUCACCAUCCACACUCCGGAGCUGGCCAUGGUGCGUUUUGUGGUGGAGGACUAUGACAAGACAUCUAAAAAUGACUUUGUGGGGCAGUAUACACUUUCUCUCAGCUGCAUGCAGCAAGGUUAUCGUCACAUUCACUUAUUGUCCAAAGAUGGAACCAGUAUUCCUCCCUCCUCCUUAUUUGUGCACAUUCGGAUCACGGACCUGGAAUAAACCUCCUUCAUUUUCCAAACACAGCAGAGGUACUGAAAAGCCUCAGCACAUAUUAUUAAUGAUGAGAGUAGAAUCCUUCCUUACUAUAGAAAAUAGUUCCUGAAAUAGUAUUUAAUAUUAUUCUUAUUUGAUGUGAAUAAAUACUACGCCAAAUGUUUAGUGGUUCUUAGGCAGCAGAUGUGUAUUAGAUAUGCAUGUUUUUUGUUUUAUCCACUAUAGUGUGUUAACUGUGACUGACUUGAACUUUGCUGCUCAUGUUUGGUGUACUGUGUCUGUAGCAUAAAUAUUUGUUUCUGCUGAAAUAUUGUGUUGUAGAGAAGAAUGUGCCACCAUUAUGCUUAGAUCAGGAUGUGUAUUCUCUGUCAGUAUUUUCCUUUAAAACAGCACUUCACAGACACUGUCAUUGUCAAUAAGGGCGGAUUCUACCAGCAAGAAAAAGAUCAAAUUGAUGAUGAUACUAAACAUUUCAAACUCUUUUACAGAUUAAGACUCUGAGACGUUUCAUAUGGAAAAAAGCAAAUUAGAGAUUUGACAUAUUCUCUGCAUUAUAUUUAUUCAUUUAGUAAGAGAAGGUUUGCUUCACCAACACUUCUUCACUUUCACUGUUUUAUGUUACGUGUCCACACGAUCAGUUGUUUGCACGCUUUCCAUUCAUUGUCUAUGGGAGAUGCUAGCUUUCUGGCAGUACAUAUUGAGAUUGCUGCUCCUCAUUUGCAUAAAGUUGAGGUCUAGGCUACUUUAUGCAAAUCAGGGGCAUCCUCAUCACAACCACAGCUUUCUACCAUCCAUUGAACAGCUGCACUGGAGCAACAGGAGGUCGAAGGUCAAGGCAUUAUGACACCUCCCAAUGUUCCCAAUCAGAUUAGAGAUUUGGCUCAUGGAUGCUUUUCUGCUCUUCUGCAUGUCAUUCUUUUAAAAAAAGGCAAAAGUGAGUGUAGUUCAGCGCUCUUCAUUUGCUUGAAUAAUAUGAUUUCCUUAUGAAUCUGCACUUGUGAGUAGUCUUGUGUCAUCUGAUGUUAUUUUUGUGGUAUGUACAUACUAGCUCAUGGUGUAAAUGUGUUUUGAUAUGUCUAUUUUUGUAUACACGCAAACAUUCAUAUGUACUGUACAGUGUAGCACAUUGUAGUGUUAAAUGACUAUUUGCUUGUUUUUUAUUGUAGAAGACCUCAUAUUCAUUUGCCACAUCCACCUGCAAAUAAAUAUGAUUUUCACUUAAUCGUGCAACUAUUAUUCCUUCAUUAUCAUCUUCGUAUUGAGCUGAGUUCUUACUUUAAACACACUACAAGGAGUUUUUAACUGGUUUUGAAACGGUCUCAAUCUCAAGUGUGUAGGAUUUAGUGGCGUCUAGGAAAAACUAAUAAAAACAUACCUAUCACUUAUACCUUAUCUUACAAUAGAUUCUGUCAAUAGAUCUUCCUUGAUGUUAUACACUGGACCUUUAAGAAUUUAAAUCUAAUAAAAUGGUAGUGUUAAGUUCAAUGAAGAGUACCUGUCAGUGGUCAGAGUGAUACACUGCAAAUAAUAUAGAAUGCAAUUCCUUCAAAAAUUGCAGGUGUGAAAGCUUGCUGCUGAAAAGCUUACACUAAACUGAACUGCUGGCUUUGAAAUUGUGUGAAAGAUGUGGAAUAUUUGAAGGUUUGUUGAAAAGCUCAUGCUAAAUUGAGCAAUUCAGUUUCAGAUAUAAAAACUGAAUAAUAUUGAAAUCUGUAAAAGGUGGAAGAUUUUAAGAUUUUAAUGAAUUGCUGGCUUUAAUUUGUAUGAAGUAACCUAUUAAGUAUUCUAGUUGGAAAAGUGGAAACCUUAUGAUAUAUAGUCCUAUUCAUAGUGAUUAGUUUCCAAAUGAUGAAUUGCAUAAAUUGCAUUGGUUGUGAGCUAAUCUGAGCUGUUGGAUUUCAUUGAAUUACUAUAAUUGAAUGAUUAGACUGAAAAAUUGAAUAAAUGUCAUAAAGAUGUUAAUAAACUAUAUGUUUUGAAAUGGG